AUGGAGCCGAGUAGCCCGGGGGCGGUGGGGCCAGGCCAGGCCCCUGCUCGGGACUCGCAGCCGGGCGCGCCGGUGGCGGAGCUGGAGCUGGAUCCGGCGCUGACGGGACAGGAGGCGGCCGCCCUGCUGCGGGGCAUCUUCCGAGCCUCCCCGUGCUCCCAGCCCGGCGGGGUGCUCCGGAGGCUGCAGGCCUACAAGCGCUGCGUCCGGCUGGUGGAGUCGGGGGAGCUGCCCUCGGACCGCGCCUCCGAGACCAUCGGGCUGCUGAUGCUGGAGGCCCAUCACUUGCCGGGCUCUGCCUUGGCUGAACUGGCCACUCUGUUUGUUGAGCUCAUCAAAGGAGGUAACCUGUCUAAUGCGAAGUCCUUGGAGCUGUUUUCCACACUUCUUACCAGGUUGGCUUCCUUGAAGGAAAGCUUGGCCUAUGGGAAAGGUGAACUGACUGGGGAAGAGUUUAAGAAGCAGCUGAUCAAUACCCUCUGCUCCAGCAGAUGGGAUCAUCAGUGUGUAAUUCCUCUCACCAACAUGUUCAGAGAUGUCCCACUAAGUGCAGAAGAGCUCCAGUUUGUGGUGGAAAAAGUCCUGAGGAUGUUCUCCAAGGUUGACCUACAGGAAAUUCCUCCCCUGGUUUACCAGCUGCUGCUUCUCUCUGCCAAGGGCAGUAAGAAGGCUGUUUUGGAAGGAAUCAUUACUUUUUUCAAUCAGUUGGAUAAGAAACAAAAAGAAGAGCAGCAGGUUCCUGAGUCCAAGGAUCUCGAAGUAGCCACAGUGCCUCUAGACCAGCUCCGACAUGUGGAAGGCACCGUCAUUCUGCAUAUUGUCUCAGUUAUCAGCCUAGAUAAGGACCUAGGCAAAGAGCUAAUUAAACACCUAAAGGCUGAGCAGCAGAGAGAUCCUGGCAAGGCCCUGUGCCCUUUCAGCGUGGCUCUUUUGCUCUCGGUGGCAGUAAAACACAAAUCGGAAGAGCGGGUUUUUGACUUCCUGAAAGCAUCGAUAAUGAAGAGCUGCAAGGAUCAGCAGUUAAUCCAGGGCUCAAAAUUCCUGCAGGAUUUGUUUCCUCAGCAGUAUGAUGUAUCUGCCAUAAUUCUGGAAGUGGUAGAAAAUAGUGCUUUUGGCUGGGACCUUGUUACUCAGGGGCUGAUGAGUCUUGGUUUCAGUCUAAUGGAAUCCUAUGAGCCAAAAAAGUUCUUAGGAGGAAAAAUUGCUGAAGCAAGUUGUGGCCUUUCCAAAAUGCCAGCCCAGCAGCAGGCCUGCCGGCUAGGAACUAAUAUCCUCCUGGAAACCUUUAAGGUCCAUGAAUUGAUCAGAAGUGAGAUUCUGGAGCAAGUUCUGAACAGAGUUAUCACAAAUGCAGCUUCUCCGAUCAGCCACUUCAUAGACUUGCUGUCCAACAUCGUUGUGUCUGCUCCCCUUGUCCUUCAAAAUUCAUCCUCCAAAGUGACUGAGACCUUUGAUAAUUUGUCCUUUCUGCCUCUUGACGUGGUACAAGGGCUGCUUAAGGCUGUACAGCCCCUGCUCAAAGUCAGCAUGUCAGCAAGGGAUUGCCUGAUACUUGUUCUCCGAAAAGCCAUCUUUUCCAGGCAGUUGGAUGCCCGUAAAGCUGCAGUUGCUGGCUUUUUGCUUCUACUGAAGAAUUUUAAGAUUCUGGGCAGUUUGACCUCGUCCCAGUGCAGCCAGGCCAUUGGUGCCAGUCAGGUCCAGGCAGAUAUUCAUGCCUGCUAUAAUUCUGCCGCUAAUGAGGCCUUUUGCCUGGAAAUCCUGGGCAGCCUGAAACGAUGCUUGAGUCAGCAGGCUGAUGUCCGGCUCAUGCUUUAUGAGGGUUUCUAUGAUGUCCUCCGCAGAAACUCACAGCUGGGAAACUCCAUAAUGGCAACACUGUUGUCUCAGAUAAAGCGCUAUUAUGAGCCACAGCCAGACCUGCUGCCCCCACUCAAACUUGAGGGAUGCAUCGUGGCUCAAGAAGACCAAAUCUUCCUGCAGGAACCACUGGCCCAUCUGCUUAGCUGCAUCCAGCACUGUCUAGCCUGGUAUAAGAGCACCAUGCACAUGUGUCCAGGACCUGUGGAGGAAGAUGAUGAUGAGGAGGAGGACAGUGUAGGAUUCCUGGAAAACCUUGAGGAGAUUCUGGACUCUAUCACACGGCGGAUGAUCAAGAGUGAACUGGAGGACUUUGAGCUGGAUAAAUCAGCGGACUUUUCCCAGUCUUCUGGUGUUGGCGUGAAGAACAACAUCUAUGCAAUAUUGGUGAUGGGAGUCUGUGAGGUCCUGAUCGAGUACAACUUUAGCAUAGGGAACUUUAGCAAAAACAAGUUUGAAGAGGUUCUAGGUCUGUUUCAAUGUUACAACAAACUCUAUGAGAUCCUGAAGGAAAAAGCUGGGAAGAAUAAGUCUGCUUUGCUCAAUAAAACCCCACGAAGCUUCCUGUCCAUGAGCUUUGUAUCCACUCUGCUCACAGCUUUGUUCAGGGACAGUGCCCAGAGCCAUGAGGAGAGCCUGGCAGUCCUGCGCUCCAGCAGUGAGUUCAUGCGUUAUGCUGUGAGUGUUGCACUGCAGAAGGUGCAACAGCUGGAGGAGACGGGGCAAACGGAUGGACCCGAUGGGCAGAACCCUGAGAAGAUGUUCCAGAACCUCUGCAAGAUCACUCAGGUCCUAUUGUGGCGAUACACCUCCAUCCCAACUGCGGUUGAAGAGUCUGGCAAGAAGAAGGGCAAGAGCAUCUCGCUGCUAUGCUUGGAGGGUUUGCUGAAGAUAUUUAAUUCAGUGCAGCAGCUUUACAGACCUAAGAUGCCCCAGUUCUUAAGGGCCCUGGAUGUUACUAAUGACGAGGGAGAAGAAGUGGAAAUCAAUGUCAUGGAGAAAGCUGCCUUCCAGAUCCGACAGUUUCAGAGGUCUCUGGUGAACCAACUCGGCAGUGCGGAAGAUGACUUCAACAGCAAGGAAGCCCUGUCGCUUGUGACUCUUCUCUCCACUUUGUCCAAGCUCUUGGAGCCCUCUUCUUCACAGUUCACACAGUUUUUCUCCUGGACCGUCAAAAUUUGCAAGGAAAACCACCUGGAGGAUGCCCCUUGCUGUAAGGCCCUGCUGACCUUGCUCUUCAACCUUCACGUUCUCUACAAGAGCCCUGUCGGCCUUCUGCGUGAGCUUGCCCAGGAUAUCCACGCUCACCUUGGGGACAUAGAUCAGGACAUAGAAGUGGAGGACCGGUCCCAUUUUGCCAUUGUGAACUCCAAGACAGCAGCCCCUACUGCCUGCCUGCUGGUCCUGGCUCAAGCAGAGAAGGUCCUUGAAGAGGUGGAUUGGCUGAUCAAGAAACUUAACCAUUUGGGAUCAGAGACUUCCGAAGACUCUUCUCAGACAUCAAACCAGAUCCAGUCCCUGGAGAAGGCCAUAAUCCUGCAGCUGGGGACACUGCUGACUGCUUAUCACGAGCUGGUGCAGACAGCCCUCCCUGCAGGGAGCUGUGUGGACACUCUGCUGAGAAGCCUCAACAAGACCUACACUAUCCUCACCUCCCUUGUCAAACACUAUCUCCAAGUUUGCCGCAGUGCCCCAGGCACGAUUCCAGGGAGGCUAGAGAAGUUGGUGAAGCUCUCAGGUUCCCAUUUGACUCCACAGUGUUACUCCUUCAUCACCUACGUACAGAACAUCCAUAGCGAAAGCCUAAGCUUUGCAGAAGAGAAGAAGAAGAAGAAGAGAGAGGAUGAAAGUGCUGUAGUUGCCACAGUCAUGGCCAAGGUGCUUCGGGAAAGCAAGCCAAUCCCAAACCUCAUCUUUGCCAUCGAGCAGUAUGAGAAGUUUCUUAUCCAUCUCUCUAAGAAGGCAAAGGUGAACCUGAUGCAGUACAUGAAGCUGAGCACCUCCAGGGACUUUCGCAUUAGCACGUCCACAUUGGAAAGCACGCUGCAGGAGCACAACACGGAGGAGGCUGAGAAUGAGCCAGACACCAACCAGACUGGUACAGCUGAGCAAGCCAGUGAGAACCAGGAACCCCAAAAGAAGAGACAGCGAAAAAAAUAGGCCUCCUUGGGCAAGGAACUCUCACUUAGCACAGCUGGCACUGACUGGACUGUUGUAGGCACAAAGAUUGCUCUGGUACUCCAAGCUUAUGCUCAGGACCCCUCUGGGGGGCUGUGUUGGCUCUCAGCUGCACAGGCAAAGGAAGGUGGAUUUUAGAACAGGUGGCAUUCGGUAGACUGGGAAUCGCUCCAGAAGCUUGUCUCUGCCCUUAACCUGUGCUGCUGUUACAGGGCCCCCUCCCCAGCCUUGGUCCUUCACAUCAGAGCAGAAAAGAAGCGUCAAGUGGCCUGGCUCAGGGCCAGGAGACCUGCCCUGUGAAAACCACAAGCAUCAGUACUCCCUGCAAAUAUGACAGCUGGCUGGAGCCUCCACUAUCUGUCCCCAGUUUCAUUUAUUUUUCUCCAGUGAGCCUCUGGUUAUUUCAAGAAGCUGAUAUAUAUCGAGAGCUUCACCUGCAAGAGAGUUGAAUGUUGUUAAUUCCUUCCAGCCUAGGCACUUUUCUGCUUUGGCUUUGUUUUGAAAAGAGCAGCCCCCCCUUCCCCUGAUUUACAGCAUUUAGUACAGAAGCCCUAAAAUGCCCUCUGUUGCAGAAUACAAGACCUCUGCCCUGGGGUAAAGGACAGAACCCAGAAGCUGCCUGAGUGGGAAAUUAACUUCCCCUCCGUGCUGAGCUGGGAGGCUGAGCUGUGUAAAGCUGCUAGGAUCACAUAAAAAGGGUGAAAGCAAGACAGCUGUUGGACUUCUCGGGCUUGGCCACUGUUCUGUUGUAUUUCUGCCAACCUUGCUGACAUGCACUUGGCAAUUUUACUUUCCUCGGUUCAGAGGGAGAAUCCCCCUUCUUACCACUACAGCUGAAGUCUUUUCCUUAAGAAUGCACUUUGCUUUUUCCCCCAAUAAAGGUUCAUUAAAAGGAAA